AAUAAUCUUAGUACAGAACUGAAGACACCGCACUCACAGUGUAUUUUCUAAUUACACUGGUGGCAGAGUAUUUGAGUGCAAACUGCAACACAAAGUGUUUCACAUGAAACAACAAAAUUAGCAACGUAAGUAACACCAACUGCCAACAAAGCUGGAUAAAAAAAUGACUGACCUAAACAUAUUCAUAUAAUAUUAGUAAUGGUCACCUAUGGUCAGUGUCAUUUUAAGUACUUAUUUAUUUAUAUUAAUAGAUGUCAAAGAUCUUGAUAGACUUGAAAAACACAUGGAACGACAAAAAACUAUUAAUUAUUCAUAGUUAAUAAUGUAAUUCAGUUAAAUAAUCACGCAUAUUUUUUACGUCACAUGCUAGAAAAAAAAAAAAAAAAGGACUUCAAAGGUUCAAUUAUUAUUUUCAGUAGCUUUCAACUGUUUCUCACAGUCUUCCUUCCUGCUCAGGAUCAUUUUUAAAAAAUGUUUAAAAAUACAUUUCAAAAAAAUACAUUUUAAACAUAUAUUUUUUCAACUUUAAAAAAGGGUACAUUUAAAGUAAUUAGUGCCGUCAUUUGUAUGGCUGCAGUUGUCACAUGAUUUCCUGUGCACAACAGACGCGUUGGUCAGUGUUGAGAUAAAAAAAAAAAAAAGGGAAGUAAAAGCAUUAAAUUGUCAAGGAAGUGGUUGAAAUGAGGAAGCGUCAGUGCUCCAGCAGCUCCUGUGUGUCAGUAAACAGACUGACGGUUAAUGUGCUCCAGCUGGAGAACACAGCCGGGAUCUAACUGCUGCUGGCAGCUGAGAGGACUAAACUAGAGGAGGAUCAGACUCUGGCUCUGCUUCACCACAUUAUAUAGAGUUGAUUGCAUCCUGGUGGCUGUACUUGUUUGGGGACUGUCCUUCUAGGAGCCACCAUCUGGAAAAUGGCUGACCAGGUGAACACACUGCCAUUCUUCUAUGGCAACAUCACCAGGGAGGAGGCGGAGGGUUACCUGAAGCAGGCGGGCACGGGCAAUGGCAUGUACCUGCUACGGCAAAGUCGCAACUAUCUCGGAGGGUUUGCGCUCUCUGUGUUACAUUCAGGCCGCUGCUAUCACUACACCAUCGAAAGAGAACCAAGUGAAACAUAUGCAAUAGCUGGUGGUAAGAGCCACAGGAGCCCCGUGGAUGUAAUUGACUACCACUCCCAGGAGACGGACGGCCUAGUGUGUCUGCUCAAGAAACCCUGCAACCGGCCCAAAAACAUGCAGCCAAAGGUGGGGCCCUUUGAGGACCUGAAGGAAAAACUGAUCCGGGAGUAUGUAAAGCAGACCUGGAACCUGCAGGGGGCGGCUCUGGAGCAGGCCAUCAUCAGCCAGAGGCCUCAGCUGGAGAAGCUCAUUGCCACCACCGCACAUGAACGAAUGCCCUGGUUCCACGGAACAAUCGCUCGAGAAGAGUCUGAGCCCCGGCUGCAAAACGGCUCCCGCACCAACGGAAAAUUCCUGAUUCGACAGAGAGACUUGAAUGGAUCCUACGCUCUGUGUUUACUACAUGAAGGACAGGUCAUGCACUAUCGCAUCGACAGGGACCGGACCGGCAAGCUCUCAAUCCCAGAUGGCAAGAAGUUUGACACGCUGUGGCAGCUGGUUGAGCACUACUCAUACAAACCAGACGGCCUGCUGCGAGUGCUCACAGAGCCCUGUCCAAGACCUGAUGGAGAAACCGGGUUGAUAGGGCGGCCGCUGCUCCCACGGGACCACCCUGGGCUAACCUCUGCUCUUCAAAAUGCAGCAGGUGGAAUUCUCUCCAGACUCAAAACUGUUCCCAUACCUGGCCGAAAAAAGAGCCAGGGACCUCGACACAACACCACUGAUAAUCUCAAUCCUUAUGAAACCAGGGUGCCUAACAAUCAGGCUGGCGGAAAAGAGGCCAUGCCAAUGGAUACAGAGGUAUAUGAGAGUCCAUAUGCAGACCCAGAUGAACUGAGGAGCUCAACAGUGGAUCGCAGCCAGCUUUUCCUGGAGGAUGGAGAACUGGGCUCAGGGAACUUUGGUACAGUCAUGAGGGGAAUCUACAAGAUGAGAAAAACAGAGAAGUCGGUUGCAGUCAAAAUCCUGAAGAAUGAUGAUAACAACCCCUCAGUGCGCGAGGAGAUGCUGCGGGAAGCCAACGUGAUGCAGCAGCUGGACAAUCCUUACAUUGUCCGGAUGAUUGGGAUCUGUGAGGCAGAGAACCUGAUGCUGGUCAUGGAGCUGGCAGAGCUGGGACCACUCAACAAGUUCCUGCAGAAACACAAGCAAACAACCAUAAAGAACAUCACAGAGCUGGUCCAUCAGGUUUCUAUGGGAAUGAAGUACCUGGAGGAACAUAACUUCGUCCACAGGGACCUUGCUGCCAGGAACGUGCUGCUGGUCACGCAGCACUAUGCCAAAAUCAGUGACUUUGGACUCUCCAAAGCCGUCGCUGAAGAGCAGAACUACUACAAGGCAAAGGGUCAUGGGAAGUGGCCAGUGAAGUGGUACGCUCCUGAGUGUAUAAACUACUUCAAAUUCUCCUCCAAAAGUGACGUGUGGAGCUUCGGGGUGCUCAUGUGGGAGGCGUAUUCCUACGGCCAGAAACCAUACAAGGGAAUGAAAGGAAACGAUGUGAUGCAGAUGAUUGAGAGUGGAAUGCGAAUGGACGCCCCAAUGAACUGUCCACAAGAGAUAUAUGAAAUGAUGAGAACCUGCUGGACGUACAAGGCAGAUGAACGACCUGGAUUUACCAUAGUUGAGCCGAGACUACGAGAUUAUUAUUAUGACAUUGCACAGUGAUUCUUCACAUGGAUGUUAAGAGACUGUGGGUGAUGAGAGAAAUUACAUUUAAUAUUGUACAAAUGACUGGAGAGAAUGGUUUGAAAUGUAUAUGCAGUUGAAGUGAACAUUUAUUGUUACAGCUAAAAACUAUACAACCAACUGAUUUGGUAGGUGUGUUUUAUACUGGAAGCAUUAUAUGUAUUAAAGCUUAACCAUUGCAGUGUCAUCAGAGAUAAAAGCUUUGAAUGAAGGUC